AUGAAUGAAUGUGUGCAGUGUUGCGUAGCAGGCAGUGGCCCUGACCACAGACUCUGCUCAAGUCCCAGGACUCCCAAACACGAAAGCAGAUCGCGCACAGAUGAGGCGUCGUCCGGACCUCCAGAGGAAGAGCCUGAAUCCACUGAGACAUCGCAGGCUGCUGCUCAGCCACUCACGAAGCCAAAGGCGGCUGAGAAUCGUAGAGGAAGCAAGCGUCCACACCCACCUGUUCCCAGCCUCGAUCCGGACCAAGCCACUGUCAGUCCGACCAUCAGCCGUGGGCGAAAGCACCGGCAGACUCUGACCCCAGAGCACGGCCACGAUCCAGAGGAGGCGGGAUGCCCCAAAGAGCGCGAGAUCAAGCGGCUGCAGCAAGAGCUCAACGAGCAGAAGACGCAGAUGCAGAACCUUAUCAACCUAGCCAAAAAAGGACGCUUCAUGCUAGCAGACGCACUGGUCGAGAAUGCCAAGAACGAAAGAGAGAAACUUCGUGUGAAGUUAUUCCACGAUGGAGUUCGCGUUGGCAGAUACAAGACCAAUCUCUACGGCGCUGCGGAAUGGGAGAAUGGUACCGAAGCAGAUGCCAUCACGGCACUUCGAAAGAAGCUUCAGCAGGAGCGGGACUCUGUGGCAUCCCUCAAGCUCUCCUUAACGAAGCAGUCCAAAUGCAAGGCCAUUGAGACCGAUGACGCGGACGCCAACACGGAAGAAACAGACGAUCUGAUGGAGCAGCGAGGGCUGUUGACGUCAGCUGCAUGUGUCGCUCAUCCAUAUCAUAGGCUGAAUGUGCCCACGGUCUCAUCGGACCCUUGGGAGAUCCUUGGGAGAAGUGAACUGCAAAUGCUGGCACAACCAAACUCGCGUGCGGUUCAUGUUGAAGUUGAGUGGCGGAGUGAAUCCGCACACCUUUUCAAGGCGAGACGGGUGGGGUGGGUGCAUGAGCAACGCACGAAAGCGAGGAGAGAGGACACCAUAAUCAAGGAGCGCGAGGGCCGGCUGAUGGCCGAGCGAAAUGCCUAUCUCAAAAACAAGCACCUGGUGAAUGCGGAAGACAGGUCGCGCUUCGGUCACUACCCGAUGCUGCAGGACAGGUUUCAGUUGCUGAACCUGAUCGGCAAGGGUGGGUUCUCGGAGAUCUACAAGGCCUUCGACCUUGAGAUGAUGUGCUACUGCGCAAUCAAGCUGAAUGAGAUCAACUCGAAGAUGUCGAACGACAUGUGCAAGGACGCGGUGCGCUGGGCUUUGCGAGAAGCCGAGAUUCAGAAGGCCCUGCAGCAUCCACGCAUUGUCCAAAUGCGAGACUGCUUCGCAGUGGAUAACCAUGCCUUUGUGGCCGUUCUGGAGCUUUGCGAAGGUGAGACACUGGACACGCGCUUGAAGAGCACUGGUUCUUUCUCUGAGAAAGAAGCGAAAACGAUCAUUGUCCAGAUUCUGACAGGCCUACGGUAUCUGAAUAGCGCCGGUCGAAAGAUCAUCCAUUACGACAUCAAGCCCUCUAAUGUGUUCUAUCAUGCUGGGCAGGUCAAAAUCUGUGAUUUCGGGCUCUCCAAGAUGGCAAACCAUAGCACGGAAGGAAUAAUCGAGCUCUCCACACGCGGUGCUGGCACCUCGUGGUAUCUUCCCCCCGAGUGCCAUGAGACAGCAUCGCCGACGAUCAGCAGUGCCUAG